AUGCAUGAUACAAUAACAAAGGACUUGGAAACAUUUAAAGCAAAACAAAAAAAAACGAAAAAAUCCUCCACGACCGGCGCUUCGACAUCCAAAGCGGGCGCUCCGAUUCCAUCACCGCGUGAGAACGAAAAUCCCAAAAAAAUUCAUAUCGUCGAAUUUUUGGAUAGCGAUGAUGAAGAAACGAUCGAAGAUCAACUGGACAUCGAGUCUCAAGAGGAGCUACCAGAGUUUAACGGUGAAAAAGAUGACUGGCGCGAGUUCAAAGACCUUUUUGGAAAAAUAAUUCACGACAACAAUUCGAUUUCGGACGCAUUAAAAGUGCAGUAUUUAAAGUCUUGUUUAAAAGGAGAAGCAUUGAAAAAAAUCAAGUAUUUGACACCAGAAGAAUCAAAUUAUCAAGACGUGUACAAUGUUUUGGAACGACGAUAUGGCAAUAAAAGAGAAAAUGUUGGCAAGUUGAUUGAUAAAAUUCUUGAAUUGCCAAACCAAACAGUUGAAACGAGCAGCAGCCUACGCAACAUUUACGAUGUAACGUACGAGUGCAUGAUGGCGAUCCGUAAUUUCGAUGUGAAUACUGAAAAUUGGGAUCCGCUCGUCAUUCACAUUCUAAAGAAAAAGUUAAGCAAAACAACUUUAAUCGACUACGAAUCCAAAUUGGUCGAUGUUCGCGAGCUACAACAAUUAUCCGACUUCUUAAAUUACAUCGAGCAUCGCUUCAUGGCAUUGCUAUCAGCUGAAGGUGGACAUGAAAAAUAUGACAAAAAAAAUGAAAAUUUUGGAAAAAAAAUCAAAAAAAUCGACGAUUCACCAACGGCAUUCAAGUGUACAUUUUGUGAUAAGCCUCAUUCUGUCUACAAAUGUUUUGAAUUUAAAAAUAAAUCAGUGAAAGAACGAAGUGAAUGGGCAAAAUCCGAAAAAGUGUGUGUUAUUUGCAUUCAAAAGCAUGACGGUGAAUGCAAAGCUAAAUUCAAUACGUGCAAAACAUGCGGCAAGAAACAUAACACCUUGCUGCAUUUCGAAACAAAAAAAGAAGCAAACGAAAAGAAAACGACACUGCUCACGACGACCACUAUUAAUGAAGCAACGAGCAGCAAAAGUAACGAAACAUCGCAAGUUCAAGUAUUGACAACGACAAAAAAUACAAAUAAAUUGUUAGCAACGGCAUUUGUGAAUGUACUAUCAAAAAACGGCGAAAAAGUGCUAUUAAAAUCGGUAAUCGAUGGUGCCUCACAGGGUGCUUUAAUAACUGAAAAUGCAUUCCAAAAAUUGGGUCUUGACUCAGACAGUGUGAAUGCUGAAGUGCAGGGUGUAGAGGGACACGAUUUGAAGCGUUAUGAUUACCUUCAAAAUCUUUUGUAUGCAGAUCCAACGAUCAACGACGAAAAUGAAAUCGAUUUGCUGUUGGAUGUCGCGGCAUUUACAGCAAUUAUAAAAAACGGCCUAAUCAAGGGGCCGAUCGAUGCUCCGAUUGCAGUAAAUAGUGAAUUGGGCUGGUUGAUAAUGGGCCCAGAAAAAAAUGAAGCACAUCUUGAAUGCGUCGAUAGUGAUGAAAGUGAAACAGAACCGAGCGAUGAAGAGCGUUGUCGUGAAGAGUAUUACGUAAAAACAACAAAAAGAGACGACGACGGCAGAUUAAAUGUUUCAAUGGCAUUUACAACUGAAAACGGACCAUGUCUCGGUGAUUCACGUAAGAUAGCGUUAGCAACUUUAUUCCAAUUGGAGAAAAAAUUCGCGAAAAAUCCAGAAUUUCACAAACAAUACGUUGCAACUAUCAAUGAAUCCAUUGAGUUGGGACAUUUAGUGCUGGAAAAAAAUCCACCAAUCGACAGCCACUACAUUCCCCACCACGCAGUGUUUAAAAAUAGUACCACAACCAAGCUAAGACAGGUGUACAAUGCCUCGAACAAAACGGCAAAUGGAAAAUCUUUGAACGAGCAAUUGGUUGUGGGAAAAAUCGAUCAAUCUUCAAUCUUUGAAUUGAUCAUGCGAUGGAGAGAGCCAAAAAUCGCUGUCAUAGCAGAUUUAGAAAAGAUGUACAAGCAAAUUCGCUUAAACGAAAACCAACAACAUUUACAAAUGAUCCUAUGGCGAGAAUCUUGCGACGAGCCGAUAAAAAGUUACAAAAUGACGACAGUAACAUUUGGUUUGAAGGAUGCUCCAUAUCUUGCCAUUAGAUCUUUACACGAAAUUGCUCAAAGGGUCAAGGAAAAAUACCCACGAGCAGCGAAGGCAAUUUUGAAAUGCUUUUAUGUUGACGACUAUUCGGGUGGGGCCGAGACGGUUGAUGAAGCAUUGUCCAUUCUACGUGAAAUGAAGCAGGCAUUUGAUGAGUACGGCUUCAAUCUGAGGAAAAUCGUCAGUAAUUCGCCUGAAUUACUUGAAGCUAUCCCUGAGUGCGACAAAGAGCAAAAU